CUUGACAGGCAGUCCUCCCCUCGUCGUUCCUCCCCACGUUGAAACGACUUCGAACUUUAUGUUCGGCUCAAACGGUUCUCUAGCUAACUGCAUUGUGAAAUCGCGCCUCUGGCGGCGUUGAUAAACUGCAUUAUGCUGCGGGAAACAAAACAACUCAGGGCCGCGUGGACGUUCUUCUUGAGUUGACAAUAGGCUGUCAUCGCGGUAAGACCUGGUAUUCCAAUAUGCCGCCGCUAUGUAGGUGGGAGUGUGAUGAGAAGAAUGAUGCACCUCUGCACUGACACAAUCCAUUGGAUAACAUUAUUUCUUUCGUUAGUUUCGAUUGCAUUGGAGCUGUCCCGUGUCCGCGACCUCUGAAUGUCAUGCACGAUGAUAACGCGGUCCACUGUGAGUAGAUCCUACAGCGUCGACGCCUGUGCCUGACUUGCUGGACUGUCCGUACUGUCACAGUGUCAGUUGGCUUCGUGGUAGACGCCAAGCUUGCAAGGUGCAAACUGCACUGCAUUAGCACUGCGCACCCGCGCACGAAUGUCCAGUCAGUUCAAAUCACAAUCAAAGAAUGGAACAAUCUCCUUUCAACGCCGGUUCGCAUCUUUAGCAAGCUGAGUUUGUUCGCAGAGAGGACAGUCUCUUUCCUCCAGGCAAUAUGGCCAGUGUUGUCGAGGGUCUGCGUUCCGUGGGAAGGCAUUUGCCAGGUCGUGCCUCUAAGCAUGGAAGAAAAGAGAGGGGGACGGCUCCGGAGCGUGACGGACAGAGCCUAUCUACGUCCUCUUCCAGCCCGCUUGCGUCGCCUCGUAUCUUGUCAGGACAGUCCUCAUCCACAGGUUCUGUGCGUUCACCUAGCGGCUCGGUGCGAAAGUCUCAGGCGCGCAGUCCUGUAUCGACUUCAGGACCGGCUGCUUGGUCCACAUCUUCCGUUCCAGAGGCAGUGUCGUCCGGUAGCAACUCCAGUAGUGCGGACUGCUUGCUACUGAAUGGAUCCAGACAAUCUUUGGACAGAAACACUGGUGUACCUGCUUCUGCAGCUCCAACUGAAUUGGGAGCUGCUGCCAUGGAUCUGAACAAACUCCUUGCUGGUGUGGAGCGAUUCCAAGCAGCCAUCAUUGCACUGAAGAAGCAAUUCAUUCCGACACAACCUCCUCAACCAGUCACAACAGUGGACCAAUCACCGGCGUUGCCAGAGGUAUUCGAGGAGCGGAGCAUUGAUGAUGCCAUAGCAGCUGCCCGAACACCCAGGACCAGUACGGGGCAAGGACCUGACGUUUCUGCAGACACUAUAGCAGGCACUCCACCGCUAACUCCACCGCCUAUAUAUUCCGACUCCUCUGAAUGGUCCAGUCCUCCGUCUUCAGGCGGAAAUCGUCAGUCUCGCCUCCGGUCAGAUGGUGCAGCAUCAAACAGCAACCCGGACUGGUCAAGCGACGAGGAGAAUGAGCGUGACGAGCAAGCUGUCAGCCAACGUCGGAGUCCUUCUCCCAACGACGGUGACCAACCGCUUCAGCCCAACAGUGCGCUCAUGGAGGGUGUGAAGGCAGUGCUGUCAGCAGUUUCAGCUGUCUUGCGGGAGCACAUUGCCAUGAAUGGCACGGACCUAUUCAACUCGGCCAAGGCUCUGUACGAACUAUGCAUAGAGCAUGAGCGCCUGAUGCCUGGUGAGCUACCUGACUUUCCGGAUGCUGUGGAGUCCGUCUCUACUGCUUUCACUGCAUGUGUUGCUGACUAUGCAUUUGGUGACCGUGCCAGCCCGGAUGAGGACCUGCACAACCUGCAAGAGAAUCUUAUGGCUUUGUCACAUACUGUGGAAACGCUGGAGAAUGUGAACCGAAUGGAGGAAGCGUCGGCAUCUACUGCUGCUGGCUCACUUGCUCCAGGGAUUCCUCGGCACUUUCUCAGCGAAGAAGUCCCAAAGAUGCUACGGAGGUGGAGUCGUUAUACGAAAGAGCUGGCAACGUUUUACCAGAAGCGAGCACAGCUCGAGGUUGAGUACAGUCAGAAACUGUUGAAGCUUGCAAGGUCGACUACUGAUACUCUCAGCACACCCGAUGCUUCCAAUUUGCCAAGUUACAGCAAUAUCCAGACUUCCUUGGAAAGUGACAUCCUGUAUGGCCGUGAAUGCAUCGAGAACUACUCUCACGCGGUUUCAGAAAGUGUAGUGCAGCCUCUCAAGGAGCUGACGGAAACUCUGGAUAGAGUGAGACAUGACCUCCAGUCGCAGUGGCAGAAGGAAUGCCGGAAGGCAGAGAAGCGGAAGAUGGAAGCUCUCGGAACAAUGUACAAGGCCCGUCAUCAAUAUUUGACCAGCUGUGAGGAAGAGAAGGCCCAGUCUCAGCAGAGUAACCACAGUCUGGAUACUGCCAUCACAUCAAAGGCCGGUGAUUGUGAAGAGUUCUAUAAGAAGACGAUAUCCGUUGCGAACGAAGCUCAAGAACAUUUAUCCAUGCUGCACAGCAGUGCGUUUGAUCAUAUCAACCAGCACGCAACAGCUGCUGGCAUGCGAUGUCAGGAAUGCAUAUCGACAUCCAUAACAGCAGCACAGUCUCUCUGGGGAGUUCGCUCCAAGGGAGAUAUCGGGUCUCCAAUGUCGCCAGUGUCUCCACCUUCUCACAAAUACUUGGAGCCAGUCACACAGUUGCAGGGAAUGGUGUCCAGCUCAGAGGUGUAUGAAUUUGAGGAGCUUCAGCGUGCCGGCGAUGACAUUAUGCCCUCUAAACCUUCACACUUGCAGUCCAAGGGUUCACUAGCUGCAUCCACAGAGCAACUCGAGUCUGGAUCAUCAGAGCAAUCUGCUGUUGUGUCACCUGUCAGCCCCAUAAUGGCAUGGAGCCCGACCCAAAGCAAGCCAGAUCUCUCUGCUGCUGCUGCUGCAGCCGCAGCAGCACCACCAGCACCAGCAGCAGGAACAAACACAGCAUCAAGUAACGGCACACCAAAUCGUAUGAGAAGACCCGUCAUGCAUAGCACACCUGAAAUUCACCGCUCAAAUGCCUUCCAUGCGCGGGAUACAGCAACCUCCUUGAGGGGAGAGAGAAGUCGAAAGGUGUCAGACCCAAUUCGACAUACCGUGAUAAACCAGGAAAACUCUCCAGACACAAUUGGACGCAAGGGAUCGCUAGGUGGAGAACCACUGUCUCCUCUCGCCGCUAGCAUGUUCGCCAGAGCAGAAACCGGAACGCCGACGCUCUCACGCCGACUGAAGCAGGCACACUUGCCCGCCGCAACGGAAUCACCAACCAGUACGCCGGGCAGUGUUCGCAGAAAGCAUGCAGAGCCACCGAAGAUGCAAAGAAGAAUCUCCAUGUUCAUGGGUGCGGAGAUGUCCCCCGAGGCCGAGAUGCACAACUUCCAACGGCUACGCAGUCCCACGAAAUGCUGCCAUUGCGAAUCAUACGUCUACUUCAGCGGUGCAGAAUGCAAACAGUGUGGCAUUGCUUGCCAUCGAAAGUGUUUACAGCGGCUGUCGGCAGAGUGCCUCAUACCACAAGAGAACACAGCUGGUCUGGGCAAGAGAAUCAAAAGAGCGAUGAGCACGUUUGGCAUCAACAUGUCCAGUGUGGUGACGCGCAGUUCACAGGACGUGCCGGCCAUAGUGCCCGCCUGCAUCAAGGAGGUUGAGGAGAGGGGCCUGAGCCACGUGGGGAUCUAUCGUCUGUCUGGAGUCAAGUCAAAAGUGGAAAAGCUCUGCCAACAAUUUGAAAAGGAUGGCGGCAAGGCUGACAUCAAGCUGAGCACCUACCCACCCACACUGAUAGCAUGUGUGCUCAAGCUCUUCUUUCGGCAGCUUCCAGAGCCCUUACUGACAUACAAGCUGUACACCGAGCUCAUCAAACUUGGCCAGGAUGGGUUCAUUGGAGAUGCAGAGGAUGAUGAACAGGCCAGGAAGCACGAACAGACCAUUCAGAAGCUGCGUGCCGUGCUGGCUCGACUACCGGCACAAAACUUCUACACAACAAAGAUACUGAUGGGUCAUCUGUCAAUCGUUGCCAGCCAUUCUAAAGUCAAUAACAUGACAGAGAGCAAUCUGGGAAUUGUCUUUGGUCCGACCAUUAUUCAACCGAGAAUGAAGCAAGGAGAACACACGUCAACAGUGAGGGCCCUGGUAGAUAUGCCUCACCAGUCCAAAGCAGUGGAGUUCAUAAUCAAAGGUUUUGACGAGAUCUUCACAGCUGACCUUGAGCCCGUAACUCUGAGAAGUGUCGGCUCAGCGGAGUUUCUUGGCUCGCAGGGAUCACUUGGUGGCAGUGUCGAUGAUCUCGUUGGAGCUGAAUCAGCAGACACGAGGUUUUCUAUGCUAUCUGAGCUGGAUACUAUGUGCUCAUUACUGGAAGCCGUGAAAGAACAGCGAGACAUCCGUGCAGCUAUCAACCCUGGCUCGGAGCAGUGUCUGCCUGGUGCCGAUGCCACUGUUACUGAUGGCAAGGCGGUCUUCAGCACGCUGCUGCCGGGAGAGAUUGAUCAGAUGGAGAAUGCACUCAAUCACAUCAAAUCGGAAAGCACCGAGAGCGGCAUAGGCAGUGUUGACGAGAGUGAAGAGCUCAUUCAGUUCGUAAAACGUCGUCAAGAGGUCAUAGAUCAGCAAGCACAACUCCGACAGGCUCUACAUCAGCAGCAAGGUAGUCUAACUAGUAACUCUGACAAUUCAUCACCAUCUCCACCUCCAAACUCCACUGCCAGUUCAACAGCAGCUACAAAUUCUACGGACAGUAAUGGCUUACCAGUGACCCGGAGGGAACGGAAAGGCUCACUGCCAUCAUCCAUGGCAGUUGAAACCCGUCCAUUCAUGCAGAGGAGCCAAACACAAGCCAAUCUGGGGAGGGGUCAGUUAGUCCAGUCCGACGACUUCUUUCGCCAAUCAACAGAAGAGGUCAUACAGCAGCGGCGUAGAAUCAGAAAGGAAAGCCAAACGCGGGCAAGUCCUUCUAGCUCUCGUCCUACAUCCGACAUUGUGCAGCUAGACUCUCCCGCCGGCGAAAGACAACCUAGAUUGGAGUUCAUUGAAGAGAAACAAGAUGCUGCCAGUGCAGAGAAUGUGUUCAGCACUGAAGCUCCGCUGGAUGCCGAGAGCCAUCUAGGUGUUACCUUGCCCACAUUCCCAGAGUCAUCGGCAGAGCUGUGUGACACUGAGGAGGAGGAAGAUGAUGAGGAAGACAAUGGGAGUGAGCAAGCACAGCAUGAGCAGCACCUCAAUCCUCACAGCGGUCUCCAGCCUAUCACCACCUAUGUCAGCACUGGGCCUGGCAAGAACGAUGUUGACACGACAGUAUCCGUAGCCAAUCCGCUCCUUGCUGCCAGUCCAUUGAAGAUAGCCGCCAUAAGAGAGAACUCGCCGAGUACAAGUGGGACAUCGGGCGACAAAACGGACCAUGAGGAUGACAAGUCAGUCGACUCGCUUUCAUUCGAGUCAGACAACGAUGAUGAGUCAUCUGUACUAAGUUUUCUGCCAUAACCGAGUGGAGCGUAAUACAUGUCAUAGUGCUUUCUGUCGCAAGCCACUCAGGCCAUUAUGGCACUGCACAAAACAUGCUUGGAAUUACCAAAGUAGUGUCAUGUCAUGCAUGGCUUAAAAUCAUACUACUACUGCAUUGCCGAUGUAGCAAACCUUUCAUUAUGAUAUUCAGCUUUGUAUUCAUCCAUUGCACUUGAGAUGCAUGUCUUGAGAUCAUGGCACUGUGCAAACUCCAUGCUUUUGAUACACUGCCAUGCCACUUUAUGAGUGUAUGCAGUCAAACCUUGAGAUACUUCGCUAUAAUCAAUAAUUAUGCCAUAUAUUUAAUAUGUUCUGCUGACAUUGACCACAACACGACAUGCUGCUGCUGGAUUUGGAUGGCUUCAGGGAUGAGGUUUCCAAUUUUCGGCGAGGACCUGGGCUGCUCUAGAAAUGUACGUUUGCGUACUGAGGAGCUUUGUGGCAUUUGCAGCCGUUUCCACAAACCUUCAUGGUUACUUUCCCAAGAAUUUCAUCUCUGAAGUUCCACUGCAGCAAGAUUA